GCAAGAUUGCCAUGGCUCUGCGGUGACAACUGGACUGUUUUUACACCUUCCUUCUAAAUAAGGAAGCGGCCCGUCAGGCAUAUGACCCCUGCCGGUGUCCAAUUUGGGAACUGCCAGAGAGCCCAUCACGUCCUCAAGUUCUCCUGUGAGGUCUCACUCUCCCCGGGCACCUCGUGUGGAUUGACAGCGAUAGAUAGGGCUGGGAGUCAAUUCCAAAAAGAAUAGAUUCUUCGAUUCCAAGGCGUUGGGAAUCGAGAGUCGACUCCAAAGCUUGAAAUCGCUUUGCCGUCGAGUUUUUCGAAAGAAUCAAGAAUAUUACUUGGGAAUCGACUCUUGGAAUCGAUUCCAACAUUUCUGUAAUCGAAUAGCCUUGGCGAUAGAUUAUUGCCUAUGGUGCAGAGUAUUGCUGGCUGGCACUCAACUUUUCUUUGCCCAUCCCCUCCGUUCUGCACUAGCUGACAGGGCAGCAGCAGUGUGAGGUCAGCGUGAUGUCAUUUUGAAGGUGAGUGAUGUCAUCCUGAAGAUCUCCCCGGCAAGGUGAGCUUGCAUUUUGGCGAGUGUGUGGUGCUCCCCACGCCAGCGUUUGCCCAUCGGGAGAGGUGAAACAUGGUAAUCAUCAGCACCUUCACCACCACCGCCACCCGCUCAAGCUCUGCCGCCCUGCUCUUCUCAUCUACCGAGGGGCUUAUUGCGUUACACGCCCGCAGCCCCGACCUGCCUUCCCAAAAUAAGCCCCUGCCACCAUGUCGAAAGAAGAAAAACAAGAGUGGUAUUUUUAGGGUCAUUAAUUUUGACCACGUGCCCCGAGGGUAAACCGGAUGGCCACUGCGCAAAGGCUCCUCAUCAGUAUGUGCGAGACCAGCGGGCGCUGGACGUGGAUUGGGAUUGUGCUGCUAGGCUUUCUGCUUGGGAUCGUGUCCUCCUACCCCACCUCGGACAGGACUAAUGCAACUUCACUGGAGAAAAGGUGGGAGACGCUCUUUUCCCGCUCCGUUUUGGGCAUCUCGGUGGAGAAAUCGGACCUGAACUGGGAGCGCGACUAUUUGCUGGGCAUCAAGAGAGUGCGGAGGCUGUACUGCAACGUGGGCAUCGGGUUUCACCUGCAGGUCCUGCCGGACGGAAGGAUAAGCGGUGUACAUAAUGAGAACCAGUACAGUCUAAUAGAAAUCUCAACGGUAGAGAGAGGAGUCGUUAGUCUAUACGGCAAGAAAAGCGAGCUGUUUGUCGCAAUGAGCCGCCGCGGGAGGUUAUACGGAACGAGGGUCUUCCGUGAUGAGUGCAAGUUCAAGGAGACACUGCUGCCCAACAAUUACAACGCAUACGAGUCUUCCGUUUACAAGGGCUUUUAUAUUGCCCUUAGCAAACAUGGCCGCUUGAAGCGAGGCUACAAGGCUUCUCCAGCAAUGACUGUCACACAUUUCCUCCCACGUUUAUGAGCAAAACUGGCAAUAAUACAAUGAUUUGCACAUGCUGGAUGUUCUCGUAGGUAACCUAAACAUGCGCACGUGAGAAGAGGUGAACUGCAAUGAACAGAAGUAACACUUAACACAGUAUUUAUUCUCGUUGAAAUAAUAUAUGUAUAUUUCGGUAGCUUAUUUUAGGUCUGAACUUUGUGUAAAUGCCAUUCUUUGCUGCUUAUGAUUUCUACUAUGAAUAUCUGAGAGACAAGGAACUUUCUUUUUUUUGCUCUCACUUUAUGGGUGCUUGCCAUAACCAGUGUAAACCUUAUUCUGUCAUUAGAAUGACUAACGUCAUCAUCUUUAAGAAGUUAAAUGGAUCCUUUUUAUUACCUCAAAGAGCCCUGUAUGCACUGGUAAAAAGUGUAAAAGGGGGAAAAAAUAUCAGUUUACUCUGAUCUUCAUUUGCUCCACCAUUUUACAAGGGGAAUGAAAGCACUUAUUUAACUGCAAUUAUUCAUUAUUAGGUGGUGCCUUAGCUUCUGAUUUUAGUUCCUUUUACUUGCAUGCGAGGGAGAACUGUGAAGCUCUACCCUAGUUCCUAAAGGUCCAGAAGUUAAUUUGGUUAUUGUAGUUCCAUAUUUACAGUAGAUCAAUAACUCAACGAGACUUGUAGACUUGGAGGUUAGAGACUACUUGCAUGUAUCCUUAUUAGGAGUUUAAGUCAAAGAGGGCCAUUUUACACCUUGUGUGAAGCCAGACUUUGACUAAAAGUCUUUCUGUGGAUGGAUAGUCCUGAAAGGUUUGGGUGCUUCCAUUUGAAUUUUUUUAUGUCCAGUAAAUUUUGCACUGGAGUCAUAUUCUGUUUGUGAAAAAUGAUCAAGCUAGUGAUAUCCAAUAAAUUGCAUUACUCUUGAAUUAUGUGGCAAGGUUAUAUGAUAGAGUGGCUGUUUUGCUCAGUGAUAAGGAAAAUGUUCAUUUUAUAUAGUGUAUGAAAUGGCACAGUUCUUUUAUCUGGCGUGAUCUUAUACUCUUCUUGAUUUUGUAUCAUAAAUAUUUAUUAAUCAUGGACUGUGGUUUCUAUAUCUUACCCUUUAUAAGACAGUGACUGAUCUCCAAUGAGGUGUUGGCAAUUUGAUUUCACCAACAUGUUGACGCAUACUUGAACUCCAACUCGACAAUUCUUUGGAAUGUAAAAACCAAUGCAACUGUCCUAUUCUGUUUAAAAUAACAUAAUCUGCUCAUUAUGUUAUAUUUGAAUACCAGGCCGAAAUACCUGAGCACACUCUUUAAUUUUGAAGUUAAUUGAUUUUGUCUAGAGAAUCUAGAAGCCAAACUUGAAGAAUAUGAACUCCGUAUAUUCAGUAUUUUUAGGCAUACAUACAAUGUCAGCCCAACCUUGUGUAGUACUCUAAUUAAAACUGUUCCAGAUUAUUUCAAAAUAUUCGCUUAAAGGCUGAGGCUUACAUAUCCGAAGAGUAGAAUUCCGUUUUUAAUCAUCUUCCUUUACGGUUCAUCAUUUUACAGACUUCAACAAUUGAGAUCUCUUUUUACAACUGUCUAUAUCUUUGCAUAUCCUUUGUGCAUAAAUCAUGUUAGAACAUGUGUUGGAUUAAUUUUUUCGCAGCCAAAAUGUGAAAGAGACAAUGAAAGGUUUGUAGUAGAAAAUAUAUUGAUGUACCUUUCUUUGUCUUGCAAAGUUGGUUCUGCCCUUGAAAUGAACAUUUUGAGUUGUCUUAAUGCUACAAACGAGAGGGACGUUAUUUUUAUGACAAUUAUGGCUGGGAUGUUUGAGUCAGGUACACUGAUGUUUAGAUGGUAAUAUAAUAUGCUAAUAAUAAUGAUAAAAAUACUUUUCCCUAAAGCAAAAUUGAAACAAAAUUGCUAUGGUAACAUUUUUAUGUCCUGAAAAAAAGUAUAAAGGGAGAUUUUAACUUUAUUACGUUAAAAAUAUGAACUAUAUAUUAGUUGUUGGAUCUUGAAAAAUCUUGACAUGGAUUUAAAAUUCUUUGUACCCCAAAUAUAGGCAUGCAAUGUGAUUGCUUUAAUGAAAUUGUCAAAAAUUACUGCAAUUUAUGUAUGUGAUGUUAAUUUAUUGAUAUUUAUCUCCACUAUACCCUUUCUUGACACUUAUUUGAAUAGAAUUUUGCAUGGUUUUUAAUGCAAAAAUGUUGGACAGAAACGUUGUAUCUAGAAGUUAUGCCCUCUACCGCUUUCUGUUAAGUGCUUAUGCAGAAACAUCUAUUUCUUAUGUAAGUUCCACCAGAGUUUUAUAGUACUGUAUUUUGUCUUCAGCUAUGAAAUGGCCCCAUUUGUGGUUUGAAAGAUGAUUGUGAGAAAGGGGUGGUGCAUGUACAGUAUAUUUGUGUGUUAUUGUAUGUAUGCAGCCUUUAUGUUCUUGGUUUUGUAUUCCUGCACUGAGGGGCAGACACCCCCUCCAAAUUCCCCUCCUAUUUUCUAACAUAUACCUCACCUUCUGCCUUAGUUCCAAUUUGUUUAAAUGAUUGUACGAUUUUUUGGAGAUAAAACAGUUUUUGCCAAUCAUUUUGUUCUCUGUAAAAAAAAAAAAAAAGAAAAAAAAUGGAAAAAAGCAAAUAGAAAAUAAGUAAGAAUUCUAAUAUAUUUAGAAAAUGUUUCCUUUUAUUUUUAUACAUAUAUGCUGUGCACAGCAGCCAACUGUAUUACUGAAAUGAAAAUAAAAGGUUGUUUUAUAGCUUCUGUGUGUUUUGUUUUUUACUUAUUUACAUUUAGUCAUUUAGCAGAUGCUUUUAUCCAAAGCGACUUACAAAUAAGCAAGCAAUUUGUCAUACAAAGUUUAACAACAUCUGCAGAAUAGGACUGACAAGUUCCCACAUUGGCUGGGGUUGUAAAGAUGCAAGCAAAGAAGAAAGAGACAGACAAAGAUUUUUAUUUCUACAUUAAUUGCAUGUUGAGAGCAGUGGUACGUACAAUUAUUGUGGGUUGGUUAAGUGCUCGUGGAACAGAUGUGUUUUCAGUUGGUUCUUGAAUGUUCAGAAAGUAACAGCAGAUCGUUUGGAGGUUGGAAGUUCAUUUCACCACAGAGAAGCAGAGAAAGUGAACGAUUGUUAAAUAGACUUUGAGCCUCUUUGUGAUGGGACCACCGGGCGUCUCACAUUCAUAGACCACAAGAAGUGAAUUGAAGUAAGAGGGUGCUGUUCCAUUGGCUGUCCUGAAAGUCAGAGUCAAAGCCUUGAAUUUGAUGUGGGCAGCGACAGGUAGCCAGUGGAGUUAAAUCAAGAGUGGGUUGACAUGAGCCCUUUUUGUCUGAUUGAAGACCAGAUGCAGUGGCUUAAUUGUGUUAGAUGGAAGGCCAGCCAACAGAACAUGGAGCUGUGUAGCAUAUUCAGACAGGAAAGGUCUGCUUUUCCUGAUGUUGUACAGCGUGAAUCUGCAAGACCGGGCGGUUAAUGAGAUGUGUGCAGUGAAAAUAAGCUGGUCAUCUACCAACUCUCCCAGGUUCCGGGCUGUUCUGGUUGGUGUUAGUGUAGUUGACCCAAGAUGAAAAGUGAGGUUGUGGUCAACAGAUGGGUUGGCUUGGAUCACAAAGGUUGAAGCUGAAGGUGUCGUACCUUCAUCCAGGCCGAAACUUCCGAGAGGCAGGCAGAGAUACAAGCUGAGACAGUAGGGUCAUCAGGAUGGAAUGAAAGGAAGAGCUGCGUAUCAUCUGUGUAGCUGUGGUGGGAAAUGCCAUGUACCUCAAUGACCGGUCCCAGUGAUGUUGUGUACAUAGAGAAGAGGAGGGGUCCAAGCACUGAUCCUUGAGGAACCCCAGUGGUCAGCUGGUUUGUCUUGGACACCUCUCCUCUCCCAGUGAGAUCUGCCAGUGAGAUAUGAAUCAAACCAUCCAAGGGCAGCUCCUAUGAUGCCUAGGUCAGAGUGGCUGGUCAGAAGGAUCUUAUGGCUCAUUAUGUCAAAGGUAGCAGACAAGUCAAGGAGGAUGAGUACAGAUGAGAUGGAGUUAGCUAUCGCCAGUCGCAGGGUUUCAGCAACUGACAAGAGGGCAGUCCUUUUUUGAAGCCAGACUGAUGUCUGCCAAGUAGGUUGUUCUGUGAGAGAAAAGAAGACAACUGGUUUAGAAUGAUUUAGACAUGAAGGGUAGGAGAGACACUGGUCUGAAGUUGUCAACUACAGUGGGGUUAUGUGUUGGUUUUUUAAGUAGUGUGGUUACUCAAAGCUGCUUGAAUGUAUUGGGAAAGUUCCCAGUUAUGAGAGAUGCGUUGAUAAUGUCUGUGAGUGCGGGUAAGAUCGCUGGAGAGGCUGCUUGCUUAAGAUGGGAGGGGAUAGGGUCAAGUGGACAGGUGGUAUGAUGGUUAGAAAGAAGCACUUUGGAGACCUCAGUUUCUGAGAGAGGAGAGAAAGAGGAAAACAGAGGAUGGGUGUCUGAAAAGAGUAUGUGUGGGUGUUAGGCAUUGAAAACUGGCUGCUGAUGCUCACUACCUUGUCAAUAAAAAAAUGUGGCAAAGUCAUCAGCAGUCAGAGAUGUGGUGGAGAAGGAUAGAGAAGAGAUGAGAAAGUUUAAAACAGUAUACAGGAAUCUGAAAUGUUACUGAUCUUUAUAAUUUCAUUUAUGAGCCUUAUGAUU